AUGCCUCCCAAUGACGAGGACAAUGUCCGGGCUAGCCAGACCGCACCCGACCUGGAGAUUGUCGGCAGCAAAGUGACUCUGCAUCCUACCGGGUUCACUGGCGGCGCAGAGAGCCAGGAUGAUGCUAUUACCGAGCGAAAUCUCGUCCAAAACAUGGCACGUUUCCGAGAGAACCCCUUCAAUUUCUUGCGCGAAAUCAGCCUUUUUGUAUCGGGAACAGGAUGGCGAGCAUACGAUUCGGUAAUCGGGCAACCGGCGUUCUACUCUGGUUAUUCAGAACGGAUCAAAGACUUGAUUCUGGCGAGCCCUUUGCUCCGAGGAAAAGUCAGCGAGCUCGCAGACGCACGGCUGGCCGUUGAACAAUCUCAGGGCUUACUAGGCGAAUCGGUAGAUGUGGUCAAGGAGGCCAAGGCCCGGCGGAAAACCGAAAUCGAGGGUAACCUGUUCGAUGUGGUGGAUAAUAUGGUGGAUAAUAUGAUAUGCAAAAUGGAAAACAAAACCUUCAUUCGGGGCGCAUAUUACUUUGCCACACAGCUAUUAACGAGGGCGUACCACCAAGGCAUCCAUGUCUCUAGCGAGGAAGUCCUGAGAUUGAGGUCCGUGGCUCAAGCUGCGGAGAAGAAAAAACAGUCCAUUGUCUUUCUUCCCUGCCACAAAUCCCAUGUGGAUUAUGUAUCCCUUCAGCUUAUCUGCUAUCGACUUGGGAUGGGUCUACCCAUCGUGGUGGCCGGCGACAACCUAAACUUCCCGCUCGUGGGCAGUUUCCUACAGCAUGCAGGUAGUAUGUGGAUCCGUCGUAGCUUUGGCGAUGACCAGCUAUAUAGUACUCUAGUGCAAACGUAUAUCGACAUCUUAUUGCAACAAGGCUACAACUUUGAGUGCUUCAUAGAAGGUGGCCGAUCGCGCACUGGAAAACUUCUUUCGCCAAAAUUCGGGAUUUUGAGGUUUAUCGUUGACAGUGUAUUGUCGGGGAGAGUUUCAGACACUAUUAUUUGUCCUGUCAGCACUCAGUAUGAUAAAGUGGUUGAGACUGAAUCUUAUAUCAGCGAGCUCCUAGGACAGCCAAAACAAAAGGAAAACCUCACGAGCUUCCUAUCUCAAUCUUCCAUUUUGUCUUUAAAGCUUGGUCGAGUGGACGUGCGGUUUCACAAACCAUGGAGCCUCAGAGACUUCCUCACCCAACAAGUACAGCGGAUUGGAUUAGCCCAGUCCUUGGAUUCCAGAAUCACUCUAAACAGCACCGAUCGAGGCCGCGUAUUACGUGCGCUGGGCUAUAGAGUUCUGUCAGAUAUCAACGAUGUCUCUGUGAUAAUGCCCACUGCGCUUGUUGGAACGGUCCUAUUGACUCUCAGAGGGAGGGGUGUUGGAAAGGAGGAAUUAGUUCGUCGUGUGGAAUGGCUCAGUGAACGCGUUCGCGCUAAAGGCGGCCGUGUAGCACAUUUCUAUCGUGCCCCGACCUCGCUCGUGGUCGAUCGUGCUCUUGAAGCCCUUGGGCCUAAGCUCGUUCGCGAAGUAAAUGGACUCGCUGAGCCAACAUACUAUGCCGUUGAUCGAUUUCAGCUUUCAUUCUACCGGAACAUGACUAUCCAUUUGUUUAUCCCUGAGGCACUGGUUUCUGCGGCCAUGUAUAUCAAGAUAAAGCAAGGUGGUGGCCCUGCCAAUCAGCAAAUCACUUACGAUGCUCUUUUGGAUCAAGUCUCGUUCUUGUCCCAGCUCUUCCGCGGCGAGUUCAUUUUCCCACCAGAAGGUUUGAUUGCGAACCUUGGAAAAUCUUUGCAAGGUUUGGAAAAAGACGACGUUAUAAAGGUCACGAGAAAUUCAUCUGGCACUCCGAUCACGAUUGAUCUCAGCGAUGCUGAGCGGCAGUGUGGACGAGAGAACUAUGAUUUCUACUGCUUUUUAAUUUGGCCUUUCAUCGAGGCUACCUGGCUCGGAGCCGUGUCGCUCAUGGGGCUCACCCCUCCCCUACAAGGGGCUUCCGAAGUUUGGGUAGGGUUAAACAAGGCACAAGACAGCGCACAACUGCUUGGAAAAACGCUGUAUCAUCAAGGCGACCUGUCUUACUUUGAAGCCGUCAACAAAGAGACACUGAAGAAUGCCUACCAACGCUUUUCGGAAGAGGGGAUGAUCUUGAUUGCGCGAAGCGAAGAACAGCGAGGUCUAACCACCAUGAAACUGGCUCCAGAGUGGACUCCGCAACGCGAUCCAGAAACCGGGAAACUCCUCGACCGUGGCCGACUCUGGGAUUUUACCGAGCGAAUUGCUCAGUCACGUCGAGAAGGGAAAAAUCGCCGAGAUGGCGCUACAGUAUCUUUUCGUGUCCUGACCAUCACCGACGCCGUUGGGCGAGACUUAUUCCAGAGCACCGCAAGCUCACGCGCAGAGAAUCUCAAUGUUUCGUCACGCCAGCAGCGAAGAACGGCCAUUGCAGAGAAGGCGAAUUUAUAA